AUGCCAUUGGGCUUCUACGGUACCCACCCGUCUCCUCACUUGCCUGUGCUAGACGGCGUGCGUGUCGGCGUUCACGCGGGUCUUCCUGCAUACGGUCGAACGCAACCUGCACUCGCAAACCCGAUCUUGGAACAUCAGCCACCGCAAUUGCCCCUCGGCAGUGAAGUGCCUCCGACUUUCGAUGCUUCAGCCACCCCGUCGCAGAAGAUCGAUCAUGUGGCUUCACCAGAGGAGGCUGCUGGACCUUCGAAGCCACCAGUGGAUGAGGAAGCUAGCUCAUCAAAGCUAGUCGGAGCUACAAAGGGCUUCACCUACCGAACAGUUCUCCACCCCGAUCCUGAGGUCGACGCCUUCAUCGCUGCUAUGAGAGAAAGAGUACUUGAUUCCGAUAAAGAUGCAGCGCACCAGGCCGAUGGAACAAAACAGAUCCAACUACCGCCGAGUACGUUCGUGGAUCCGGACGUGCUGGCAAUCAACACGUUCUGGCGUCGGACGCAGGCCAAGGAGCUGCUCAUGCUCGCAUCCUCCAGGCAGAGACGUCUUUUCGUUACUUACAAUCUCAGGCCACGGUUCCUUUCCCAUUUAGCGAGCACUGGAUUCGUGGGCGUGUGGGAGCUGGGCCCAUUGAACACUGACUCUCUGUCCAGCUUUUUCUUGCACGGAUUCUAUCCUUUUACGAUGGAAGAAUUCGGCAGACUGGCGCAUCAGCCAGAAGCCAGCGGAGACUUCUGGUUCACGGUGCGCCGUCGCACAUCUGGACUAUCGCUUUCGAUCGAUCGAAUGUCGAGCAAGGAGAUCGAAGAAGAGGCUGGCCGCCGGAGGCAGUACCGAGGCUCUUUGACCCAAGUCGCCCCUCGACCGUGGAGGCAAGUCGACUCAACCGCACUCGUUUCGCACAGCUACAGAUAUCAAGAGGACCCGCAAAUCGUGGAUCUGAUUGCGUACUGGUCCCAACUCGCAGGAUUACGGAAAAAUGCGUUCAUUCCGAUCCACCUGAAUGAGGCAGAACAGAAGCUGCUGAGCAGACGCAUGGACCAGGCGUUCCGCUUCCCUCGGCACGUCAAGCUGGUCACGUUCGACAGUGGACCUCCUUUGAUGUUGUGUUUCCACCAGAACUUGUUGUGGCUGCCACAGUAUAAGGGUUCCACCAUGACUGUUUGGAGUUUUGGACGCCCCGAAGUGACGGCGGAUGGCUUGGGCUUCCAAGGCAAGCCGUACAGCGUUGUUCACAGGACCAUGUACGCUACUGGAGUCUUUCAUACGUCGAGGAGGAGCUUGAACAAGUUGUCCCCGACAACUGUUCGGGGACUGCAGGACUCGACUUUCCAGUACGAUCGCCUCGACGUUCCUCAUGUUCAACCUACGUAG